AGCCCGGGACGGCCCCCGCGCGGCGGGGCUGGGGGUGCUGUCAGCCCGCGGCGGGGCUCCGCUCGGCUCGGCUCCGCUCGGCUCGGAGCGGCUCGGUGCAGCGCGGGGAUGGCGGUGCCGGAGCCGGACGCGCGGCUGGCGCAGGAGAAGGAGGAGGAGAGCGAGGAGGAGAGCGAGAUCCUGGAGGAGAGCCCCUGCGGGCGCUGGCAGAAGCGCCGCGAGCAGGUGAAUCAGGGAAACAUGCCGGGCAUUCAGAGCACCUUCCUUGCCAUGGACACAGAGGAGGGUGUGGAGGUGGUGUGGAAUGAGCUGCUUUUCACUGACAAGAAGGCCUUUAAAGCACAUGAGGAGAAGAUCAAGACCAUGUUUGAGCAGCUGGUGCUUGUGGAUCACCCCAACAUUGUGAAGCUUCACAAAUACUGGCUGGAUGUGAAGGACUCGAAGGCGCGGGUCAUCUUCAUCACAGAAUAUGUGUCCUCAGGGAGCCUGAAACAGUUCCUGAAGAAAACCAAGAAAAACCACAAGGCCAUGAAUGCCAGGGCCUGGAAACGCUGGUGCACUCAGAUCCUGUCUGCUCUCAGCUUCCUGCACUCCUGUGAGCCUCCAAUCAUCCAUGGCAAUCUCACCAGUGACACUAUCUUCAUCCAGCACAACGGGCUCAUAAAGAUUGGUUCAGUUUGGCACAGAGUGUUUGCAAAUGCCCUUCCAGACGACCUGCGAAGCCCCAUCAGGAUUGAGAGGGAAGAGCUGCGCAAUUUGCAUUUCUUUCCCCCGGAGUAUGGCCAAAAGGCUGAUGGGACUGCUGUGGACAUCUUCUCCUUUGGGAUGUGUGCACUGGAGAUGGCAGUGUUGGAGAUCCAGACCAACGGGGACACACGAGUCUCGGAGGAGGCAAUCGUGCGGGCACGACAUUCUCUGGAUGAUCCCAACAUGCGGGAGUUCAUUCUGUCAUGCUUGACCCUCAACCCAGACAAGCGACCGACGGCUAACAACCUGCUCUUCCACCGCGUGCUUUUUGAGGUCCAUUCCCUUAAGCUGCUGGCAGCACAUUGCUUCAUCAACAACCAGUAUCUGAUGCCGGAGAAUGUGGUGGAGGAGAAGAUAAAGGAACUGGACCUGAACAUGGUGAUGGCAGAGAUCCGGCGAGAGGGUCGGCCUGGAGCACAGUGGAGGUACUCAGAGGUUUCCUUCCUUGAACUUGACAAAUUCUUAGAAGAUGUCAGGAAUGGGAUUUAUCCUCUGAUGAACUUCGCUGUUUCCAGACCCCAUGCCCUCCCACGCGCACUAUCCCAGCCCCAGGAGGACACUCAGAAAGCCAAGACCCCCACCCCAGAGCCCUUUGAUGUGGAGACCAGGAAGGUGGUGCAAAUGCAAUGUAACAUGGAGCUGAAUGAAGACAAGACCCAGUGGCAUCUCACUCUUCUGCUGAUUUUGGAGGACAAAUUGCAUCGACAGUUGAGCUACGACUUGCUGCCCACUGAUAACUCCAAGGACUUGGCCACAGAGCUGGUGCAUUACGGAUUCAUCCACGAGGAUGACUGUGAAAAGCUGGCUAACUUCCUGGAAAAUGCCUUCCACAAAUACCGGUCUCCUCCCUUGUGAGUCACUUUGCUGCAGUCUGGGACAGCAGGGUCUCCUGUGCCACAGGGACAGGCAGCACACCAGACGAGAAGGCUGCAGGGCUUCUGACCGAACUUCCUCCAGUGGGACUGACCAGACCACUCGCUCCAGACUGAAUCUUUGCAGUCCAUGAGAGGUGUAUGCCUUAGCUGUGGCGUGGAAAGACAACAGCAAGCGGAGGAGUAACCAGCAAAUAGGGGACGGCCUGUGCAUGAGUAUGUGCUCUGGCCCCCACUCAUGCAGCAGUAAGUCAGAGGGAGUUGUGAGGCGUGAGGGAGUGCGGUAGCACUUCUUCAACCCCUUGCUGAUGUUAUUUGUGAAGAUACAAAGCUGCUGCAAGACUUCCCCAGACUGAUAAAUUUGCCUCUGGGAAUUAUAAGCUUUUCUCACUGCAGGUCCCAAAGCUAUUUUUUUUCCUCUUUGCCAGUUGGUGAUACAUGCAGAAGAGAGGAGAGGAGCAGGAUUGGAAAGCUCUGGUGCAGUUUCCAAUCUGCCACAUUCUGUUCUUUAUAUCCAGUUAUUCCUGUUUUGAUUUCUCCAGCACAGAUAAAACACUGUGAUGCCUUGUAAUUAGAAUUGCACACUUUGGUAUAAGCUGAAGAGUGGACUUUGUGAGCUGGACUUGACACGGCAGGAGAAGAUUCCAGAAAUCCAAAUCUACCAGCUGGAUCCUAACAUGUCAAAAACGUGGAAACGCCACUGGUGCUGAACAAACCCUUGUCAUUCUCCUGUUUGUUUUAGGCCUUCCAAAAUCUCAUGACAUCUUAAGGGGGAAACCCCUGGUGUCUCUUCCUCCCCUGUUUCUCCUAGAGUAUUUGUAACUUCUGUCAUUAGUGUGGAGAAAGGGGCAAUCUUAGCUGCAGUGCAUGUCAGGCUCAAUUGGUGAAAAUUGCAAACAGGAAUUAUUUGUGUAGCAAGAGCUAUGCAGUGCUGCUCCAUGCUGUUCACGUUGUGCCGUAUGGUGCCAGCAGCCUCACGCUGUGCUGUGCUGGUGUGCUGUGCUGUGCUGUGCCAGGUCCUCCGUGCCUGCAUUACGCUUUGCAGUGUUGCACCAACUGUAUUACACUGGGCUGGGUUUGCCAUGCUACGAUGCUACGCUGAGCUGUCAAAUUGUGCUGUUUUCCCAGUUGUGCUGCGCUGUGCCAACUUUACAGAAACUGACAAAUCAAUAAAGCCAUUGAAAGCA